CUUUUUGUCAACCGCGAAAGUCUACAACACCAUCACUCUCCACCCGCCACUUUUGCACGACAAACACAACGUUGCUGCCACGCGCGCUGCGUCCAGUCGUCAAGCAAUUGUCACACCCACGAGUCGCUGAACCCAUUCGCGCCCACAGCGCAAUUGAGCAAAGGUCAACUGGAGGGGCAGGCGCAAACCGAGCAGGACGGGCAGUGGUGAAUGUAGAGGCUGCGAAAGAGGUGACGAAGGAGAGAAGAAUAAGAUUCACGGAAUCUGGGGAAGAACUUCUGGGGAAAACUAGACCGAGCAUCCCGAGCUGGCCUUUCCAACCUGCCUGCGUACAUUCGAUUUUGAGCUGCGAGCUCCCAGCACCGAAUCCCAAUCGACCGGACCUCAUUUCCUAAUCAAUACUUGCCAGAGGUUCUCAGCUCGCGCAAGCAAUUCUAAUCCAUAGCAGGAGCCAAUCGACCGUUGGUUGCCCCGUCAUCGACAUCCAAUAUUGACUCGAUUAAUUACCUCGAACCCCAAUAAACGAAGCCGGUCCCAAAGAGUCUAAGAAAUAGAGAGAAGAGCAGGGUCAAGGGCCGUCCGUAUUAUUUGGGCAUCAAUGCCAUUGUAUAGGCUGGCGGUGGAAUUGGCUAGAGGCAACGGAUACCUGCAUAAGACUGAGUGGCACCGCAUCACGACGUCGGCGCAGACCGCGAAGAAGCAUUGGGAAGAUAGCGAUCGACUUCCAAAUCGCGCAGGUGCAAGCUGCGAGCAGAGCAUCAUCACUGGCAGCCGGCGAGAAAGAGGCGUACGAACAACCUUCUCCACCUCGUGAUCCUGGUGUUGUGCUGGGCGAGUAUACAUACGGCGGUGGUAUUGGUCGGCGACCUCUCUGGGCACGCAAGUCGCUCGUUGUUGCACGUAACACGGGAGUGGAGGUGCAGAGAAGAAGUCCUGGGACGUAGUCUGCGGUACGGUACGUCACGGCGGGCUGUUUUGGGGAAGUGAUUUGUACCAUCGCUUUGGAGACGGCGGGAGACCCACGAUACGAUACGAUACCAGGCACUGAAGACAGAGCGGCGGGACGAGGGGAAGGACCGACGAGCAGAAGUUGGCUGGACGGUGCAUGCGAACGUGCCUGUGGCUGGAGAGGCACGAGGCGAAACGUGGUGAGCAGAGCGAAGCCUCCGGGUACGUGCUGGACGACCAAGCUGGGCCUUGACUAAGAGGCGGCCGUAGCAAAGCUCUGAUUUGCAGCAGCAGCAGACCAGGCACUGGGAGGGGUAUUGUGACGAGGUUGCGUGCUGGGAAGAGACGUAGAAGCGGCGUUGUGGUUCCUUCGUGGCGUCUUUGAAGCCAAGGGCUUCUCCAGAGCCUGAGAGCCGCUGCAGAAGAGCAAAGCAGCUGAGCUAGGCUAGCCGGUGGGCGAGCAUCAGCAUUAGUGAGAGUGAGGGCAAGGCAAGUAAUAGCUACCGCUACAGCUACUGGUGCGCUGGGACGGUCCACGGCGCCUUUGAUACCUGUGCUUCCGCUUCCCUGCCUGUACGACGAGCCUCUCUCCUGCACCAGAGCCUAUUCCAGGGAUUGGAUAGCGAGCCCUGGACGGGGGGUCCUGCAUUGGUUGAGUGUGGUUUUACAAGCAGGGAGCUAGUCGUUGCAGAUUGCUCACCCAAGUGGGUAUUUAAUACAGGAUGUCGGGAGAUACUGAGAUAGAUGAUCCUGAGGUUUCGGAUGGCGCUUCGGAAAAUGAAUAUAGUGAUCAAGAGCAAGAUCCUGAUGUUCUGAGGGAUGAGGACGAUAACUCGGGCAUGGCGGAGCAAAAGAUUAGACCGGAUGCUGAUGAGAAUGGGAAGGCGGUGGGAUCGACGGUGACAACAACAAAGCCAAAGCUAGAUCCAAAGGAUCCAUUGCGGCCAAGAAGAAAAAAGGCGAGAAGAGCUUGCUUUGCAUGCCAAAGAGCUCACUUGACUUGCGGUAUGUUUGCUUUUCUUCGGACGAAGAUUCAUUGCUUUUCGUCUUACUUUCAAAUUCCCGCUCUCACCACAACACCUCCCUCCCUCUAUCCAAAACUGACUCAUGGCUAGGUGAUGAACGACCAUGUCAACGAUGUAUCAAAAGAGGCCUUGCCGACGCUUGUCAGGAUGGGGUCAGGAAGAAGGCAAAGUAUCUCCACGAUGCUCCAGCUGAGGCUCUUCGACCUGUAUUAGGUCCAAAUUACAAUCAAGUCAACAACCCAAGAGCCAACAAUGGCCCACCAGCGGUAAACACUUCAACGUCAGAAACUUCUCCCCAACUGAGCGGCGGCUUCUUUUCACAAGCCGACGUAUCUCCCUCUUUCCCGAUCUAUUCAGCCCAGCAAAACCCCAUGGCUCCUCCUUUACAAACGCGACUCUCGUAUGGGAGUCAACAAUCACCAUUAUCUCCCGAGUUUCAGAAUCAAGUCAGUCGACAGAAUUCAAUGCAGCAACAAAUGCCUGCACCGCAACCUCCAACACAGAAUGAAGUUCCUGGCUCUUUUGGUGGUGGAGCACUAUUUGAUCCGAGUAAUCCAGCAUUAUUCAAUUUCGACCUCGAAGGUUUGAACUUUGGUAACCAUUAUGGCGCUUUGGAGUUUGGUAUGCUCGGGCAUAUGUCUUCAGGAGUGGGAGACGCAGAGCCCAAAGACGCAUUAUCUGCGCAGGGAAUGAAUAAUGUCAAUUUUAACAACGGUGGAGUGUUUGGGGGCAACAUUGAUCAAUAUGGUCAAGUCUACCAACAAGAAAUGCUUCCCGAAUUCGGUGGUCUGGAUCGACAGAACAGUGCAAACCAAAUGUUUGGAAACAAUAUCCAUCAUGGUUUACCGCAAGCAUACGCUAUUACCGCAGGCCCCUUGAGCCAUCAUAGUCCCAGCACAGACGCAAGUCCAGGCGCCAGUGGGAUGGGUUUUGAGAGCUCUCCAGCUUCAUACACCCCCUCUGCGACACCACAUCUGCCUCCUGCAAAUCGUCCAGCGAAGCGACAAGAGGCAAAAACGGGCCAAACGCAGAAGUUUGGUCCUUCAUCGAUAUUAGGAAAACGUACCCGAGAUCCGUCUUCUAUUUAUGACACUGUUCAUGAGCCCUACUCUUAUACCACAGGUUUUCAUCAAUUGACAGCCUUUCUUAUGCGACGAUUUUCGCCCACCAAAACUCUCAGCAUAGCCAAGUCCCUCUCUUCUAUUCGUCCCUCGUUCAUCUCAUGUACCAAAACGCUCAACCGACAGGAUUUAAUCUUCAUGGAGAAAUGUUUCCAACGAACUUUAUUUGAAUAUGAGGAAUUCAUGUUGAACUGCGCUACACCGACUCUUGUAUGUCGACGAACUGGGGAAAUUGCAGCUGUUAAUAGGGAGUUCACUCAGAUGACAGGAUGGGAAAAGAAGGUGUUGCUGGGCAAAUCUCCAAAUCUUAAUGUCAAUACUGGAAAUGGUCUCGGCACUUCGACUUCGAACAGCGUGAACAGUUCCGGACGAGCUGGCCUUACGACGCCUAGGAUGCGAGCCCUUUCUACGACCGAAGCGCCUUCCAAAGAAGGAAGACCACAACCGGUCUUCCUUCCCGAAUUAAUGGAUGACGAUAGCGUUAUCGAGUUCUAUGAGGACUUUGCGCGGUUGGCAUUUGGUGAUAGUCGGGGUAGUGUGAUGACGAGGUGUAAACUUCUUAGUUACCAAACGAAGGAGGGGACGGAGAUGAGUCCUGAGCAGAGGGCGAUCAAGGAGGAGAAGAGUAAACAGAGUAAACCUAAGCCCCCGCCGCCGGUGGGGGGAAUUGGGGGAAUGUGGAAUCGAGUGAGGGAGAUUGAUGGGGAUCAUGGGAUUCGGGAUGUGGAGAAGGAUGGGAAGUUGGAGUGUACGUAUUGUUGGACGGUGAAGAGGGAUGUUUUUGAUAUUCCUAUGUUGAUUGUUAUGAACGUGGGUUUCUCUUUUCCUUUUCCGCCCCCUUGA